CCCGUACAGGACCAGGAGACUGGGCUGCGACAUCACCACGGAUUACUAGAAGAGAGUCGUGUCCCAAAUACACCAGGUUGGGUUUCCAGUGAAUAACCCUGUGAUAUGCUCCGGCUGCAGUGGGAUAUGAAUAACACUGAGUUGAACUGAGUAGUUUCCAGAUCUCCGGAGAGAAGAUGCUCCAGAUCGACUCGGAGCUGAAGUCUGGAGGAUUCUGCUUUGAAAACAGCCGCAGAAAUGCAGUGUUGGAGUCCAACUUGUCGGAACUCGGCUUCAAAGCUCCCAGUGCCAGAAAAACCGGGACCACCAUCGCUGGGAUUGUUUACAAGGACGGAGUGAUCCUGGGAGCUGACACCAGGGCCACAGACGACAUGGUGGUGGCCGACAAAAACUGCAUGAAGAUACACUACAUCGCUCCAAAGAUCUAUUGCUGUGGAGCUGGCGUGGCAGCAGACGCCGUCGUCACCACUCAGAUCACAGCGUCCAACGUGGAGCUGCACAUGCUCAACACCGGGCGCCCCCCCCUCGUGGCCAUGGUGACCCGGCAGAUGAAGCAGAUGCUGUUCAGGUACCAGGGUCACGUUGGCUCAUCUCUGAUAGUGGGAGGAGUGGAUGUGACUGGAGCUCACCUGUACAGCGUUUACCCUCACGGCUCCUAUGACAAGCUGCCCUUCGUCACCAUGGGUUCGGGAGCUGCAGCUGCUGUCGCUGUAUUUGAGGACAGAUUCAAACCGAAGAUGGAGCUGGAGGAGGCCAAGCAGCUCGUACGAGACGCCAUCGCUGCCGGGAUUUUCUGCGACCUGGGCUCCGGCAGCAACGUGGACAUGUGCGUGAUCACCGAGGCCGGAGUUGAGCACCUGCGAGGCUACGACCAGCUGGCGGUCCGAGGCCCGAGAGAGGGAAAGUACAGGUUCGAACCCGGAACCACUGCCGUCCUGACCAAGACUGUGACCCCUCUGUCCCUGGACGUGGUGGAUGAGUCCGUCCACACCAUGGACGCUGAGUGACACCUGCUUGGAUCAGCUGUUUGCAAUAAAAGCUUUAGUUUGUUAGACCACUUACAUGAACAUCAGUUUGUUUGUGUUUCUCUUCAUGAAGUUAAUGUUCACUUUGUGUCUAACGAGCAACACUUUCACAUUAAAAUCUGUUGUAAUGAU